AGUGAAAUUCAUAUCUAUUUUCCAUAUGAUUUAAUAGUUUAUUUUGUUAAAUAUCAAAAAUCUAAGAGGUGUGCAUCAUACGUGACACCUACAUGAACAUUUCCAGUUGGUUAUAUGACUGUAAGUCAUUCCCUUCAAAUGCUAUUGGUUAAAAACGUGUUUAACAAUGUCGUAUGUAACUUUAGAGACGGUCCCUUAAUUUCCGCAUAUCUGCGAAUAUCGAACAUCCAACUUCACACCAACUUUAUUCCAGUAAUUAAGCGAGUUUUAUUAGCUCGCGUCCUGGAAUCUCCAUACAUGCACUGCCGGUGUUUACACGUUUACAGCAGAAACGUCUUUCAUUGGUCAGUCUCGCGUUAAGGAUUGUGGGUAAUGUAGUACCUCACUGGCAUCUUUAAUUACCUUUAAAUUACUAUUUCAAAAUAAUAAUAAAGUUUCACACGGACAGAUGGCUGACUGAUGUCUUCUACAGUUAACAACCUCGCAGUUGAUGUUCAGCCAGGUUUUUUAUUUGUUUUUUCACCAGUUUUAUAUGAUCUCUCUGUGGUGAAAAUGGGAUGUGAUUUGUACUUCCGGAACCGGACUGUUCAGCCCUAAUGGGAACACGGAAGGGGAAGUUUUUGGAAAGACGGAAAUGGCAGACUCGCAGGACGGGUCACUGGGUCCUGCUUUCGACAAAGACCCGCUGGAACUUGGGGUUGAAGAUGUUUAUGACAUUUCAUACGUCAUUGGCAAAGACUUGUUCAAAUUAAACAGUGGCGGUCAGGAGGUCUCAGAUUUACAAUUCAAAAUUGUCCGAGUUUUGGAAAUGUUUGAAAUAAUGGUCAGCAAGUAUAACCUGUCGCUGGAGGAGCUCCGGAUGGAGAGGGACAACCUGAAGGGAGAACUGGACCGAGUUGUUGAAGGUUCUCAUGAAAACGGUAACAAUAUAAUUGGGCUUGACAAGCUGGUGAUCGAUAUGAAGGACCCAAACCGACCACGAUUCACAAUGCAGGAGUUAAAAGAGGUUCUACAGGAGAGGAACCAGCUUAAAGCACAGCUACUGGUGGCCCAGGAAGAGCUGCAGCUCUAUAAAAGUGGUGUUUUACCUCAGCCAGAACCAAAUAUGGUGGAAAUAGAUCUGGGGACUCCUUCCUCAAUGGACCCCCCACUUUCUGCUCCUACAAAGGAGAACAAAGAACAACACAAAGAGGAGAGGACUACUAUUCAAAAACUGUUCUCAUUUAGAAGAAAAUGACAACAGCCCUGGGGAUCAGAAGCAUAUUUUGAAGGACUCUGACGACAUCUGUGUACUCAGCCUCAUACUGUCCAAAUCAGUUUGACAAUAUGUUGUACUUUUGAAAAGUCUUCCUGUUAUAUGGCAAGAAUUUGUCUUUUUAAAGAGCAAUUACUUCAUUUAGCAAGCUCUAGUUAUCUUUAAAAUGCCACAUUUUUACUACAAGAAGUUUCAUCACGUACUGUUGCUUCACAUUCGUUUUCUUGAUUGACAACUUAUCAAAUGAUGUUUUUUUUUAAUCAAAAAAGGGGCUCCCGAGUGGGAAAUAUACACCCUGUUGUCAGGAGAGCUCAAUUUUAAAUCCUGAUGAUGUCACAUGAUCGCCCUGAGCGGUGGCUGGGAGAUAAGGGAGAAAAGUUGUUAUCUUGAUGUUAAGAUGUUAUCACUGGGAGGGAUACUAUACGCCGUCUUCAUAUAUGGCAUUUGGCAGAUGCUAUAAUCCAGCGUGACUUACGACUAUCUCAUUGAUACUUCUGCGCAGUUGAGAUUUAAGGGCCUUGCUCAAGGGCCCAACAGUGGCAGCUUGGCAGUUUGAACUCAUUCCCUUCUGAUCAGUAGCCAGCAUCUUAACCACUGAGCUUCUCUCUCUCUCUCUCCUCUUAAACACAGUGACACUACUCAAUUGUGAGCUUAUGUAUGCAGAAGAGGGAAGCUAGUGCUUUCCUCCAGAGUGUUAUGCUGCCCUGCAACACAGUAUGAGAAGCGGUUGGAGUAUGUUAGGCUUCAACCUCUCAGUUGGUAGCUGUUGUUUGAAAGGGACAAGUUGACCGUGGGUAGAAAUUGGCAGGUGUCCAAAAUUGGUAGAAAAUGGGGGAAAGGUCUGGAAAAAUUAUCCACACAGGAUACUCGAGGAACUAAUACUUGCUUGGACAGUCUUUUUCUAAUUACAGGUAUCUUACAGCACUAUUUUAAAUGAAAAAUCAUGUCUCUUCAAAUUUAAGGGGGAGGUUUCUACUUAGGCUCUGCUUUAUUAACAAAAGUCAGUGAAGAUAUAGUUAAAAUUAAAUAAAGACAAAAAUCCCUUUUUUCUUUCAAUAUAAGUUUCAGUAUUUAUUAUUGAAUGAUGAUAAAAACCAAUUUUAGUGAUCAGAAAGAAAGAACAAACAUGACAUUUUCUGGGUUAAUUCUCUAUACGUGUAUACAAGAUAGAUAGUCCAGAUUUCCAUCCUUAUUAAAUGAGAAUAAAUAGCAUUUCUUACAAGAAAUGACAACUUGCUGGUUGAUAAUUUGUUCAGUUUAACGCACUGGGAGAUUCAGUGCCUUAGAUGACAUACGAGUUAACACAACGUGGUAUGUUGUAUAUUUAACCAGGUUGUUGCAGUUUUUCUCUGUAUAGAGGUUAAUAAUGUAGGCUACUGUGAGCUAUUAUUGUAAAUUUAAACAAGGGCGGGGAAAGUAUACAGAUUUUAUGUGUUACAGUGUUACAACAUGGUGGAUGUAGGAUCCAGGUGUCUUAAUUAGAACAAGGGCCAAUCCAAAUAUAAUAGUCAUACAGCACAUAAAAAUAAAACAAAUAGGGAAAACCAUUAAAAGGACCGAAACCAGAAAUUUAAAUUAAAAUACUGUAUAGAAACUAACAAAUAAUGUGUGUAAUUAUGAAGCACAAAUCCCACCACUCCUUAGUAGCUGUAUUUUUUAUUCAGCAGGAAAUGAAAGCUAUCAAAGCUAAAAUACAGCAGCAGGCUUUCAGUCGUCGAAUGCGCUGUACAUCAGUACUGGAUAGCAGACAGUCAGUUUAUGUCAUAAUGCAAUAACAUCUUGUCGAAUUUAUGCCAAAUAGUUUGACUGACCUCCAUACCCUGAUGCUCUCUUCUAAACUGACAUGUGUAAUAGACUUGAUUCCAUCUAAGCUGCUCUGAGAACUAUUACUAUUGAUAAAGGGACCCUUAAUAAAUAAUGUAAACUCAAUGCUAAUGUACCAACAUUCUUCAAGCUUGCUGUUAUUAAGCCUCUCCAAAAGAAACCGCAUGUCAACCCCUCAGUUCUCUCUAACUACAGUCUGAACUCCAACAUGCCUUUUCUUUCAAAAAUUUUGGAGAAACUUGUUGCUCAACAGCACUGUCAUUUCCUAGAAAGGAAUAAUAAACAUGCUAUAUUUCAGUCAGGGUUCAGGAUACAUCAUAGCACAGAAUCAGAACUAGCUAAAGUGGGUCAGUGAUCUGCUGCUGGCCUCAGAUUGUGUUCGGGUUUCUGUUUUAGGAGAACUUUUUGCAUUUGAUGCACAGUUGUCUAUGAAAUUUUCGAUAGGCUUAAAAACAUCACUACUUCUCAGAUGGUUUUGACGGGCAGAUGCUUGGAUUUAAGAUCAUUUUUAACAGACUUUCAGAGCCUAAAAGAGUGCAAUAUGACAUCCCAAAAAGUUCUGCUCUAGGCCCUUUACUGUUUUCACUAUAUAUUCAGCAACAGGAACAAGGAUAUAAGUUUCAGUUCAGCCAGAUUUGGACUCGAUUAUGGCAGACUAUAUUAAAGAUAUUUGGAUGACUAGAAACUUUCUUAUCAUAAAUCCUGACAUAGUAAACCAAAGUAUUGUUAUUUGCUACUAAAUCCGCCUGUGAUAAAGUCACUAAUUUUAACUUAGAGCUUGAUGAUUGUUCUGACAUUCUAAAAGACAGAGUCAAGAACUUUGUAGGUAUGUUUAAUGCUGGUUUAUCGUUUGAUUCUCUUAUACAACCACUGUAUAACAGCUUUUAUUUAUUUAUAACUUUUAUUUUGUAUUACUUAUUUUAAAUAUCUUGUAUUACAGUGGUGCGUGAAUGUUUGUGAACCCUUCAUCAAAUCAUCACAUUUUCACACAAAUCAUAAAAGUAGACAACUGGUAUAUGAUACAAGCGGUAGUGUCAUGAUUUGGGCCUGUUUUUCUGCAUCUGGGCCUGGACAACUUGUCAUCAUUGAUGGAACAAUGAAUUCGGAAGUAUACCAGCAAUUUCUAAAGGAGAAUGUCAGGACAUCUGUCUGUGAACUGAAUCUCAAGAGAAAGUGGAUCAUGCAGCAAGACAGCAGCCCUAAGCACACAAGUCAUUCUACCAAAGAAUGGUUAAUGGAAUGAAGUUAAUGUUUUGGAAUGACCAAGUCAAAGUCCUGACCUUAAUCCAAUAGAAAUGUUGUGGAAGGACCUGAAGCAAGCAGUUCAUGUGAGGAAACCCACCAACAUCCCAGAGUUGAAGCUGUUCUGUACUGAGGAACGGGCUAAAAUUCCUCCAAGCUGAUGUGCAGGACUGAUCAACAGUUACCAGAAACAGUUAUUGCUGCACAAGGGGGUCACACCAGAUUCUGAAAACAAAGGUUCACAUACUUUUGCCACUCAUGUAAUAUUGGGUCGUUUUCUGCAAUAAAUAAAUGACCAACUAUUAUAUUUUUGUAGUAAUAAGCCACAGGAAAAGCUGUGUGUUGGUCUUGAACACAAGAUUGGACCAGGAAUCGACUGCACCUGGAAAAUCUCAAAUGGCAAUACACAGAACACUAAACAUACAAAGACAAGUAACACAAAUGGGACCAUAACAUCUGAUAAAACUCUAUUCUGUUUUAUUUUAUUUUAUUAUAUUCUAAGUGAAAACAUUUCUUCACCAAGCCUAAUUUGUAAUUUGAUAUGCCAAUAUAUGAAUAUAUCUGUGUUGAGUGUUUGGAAAGUUUGUUUUUCAGAUAAUACAGUAUACUUGUUGCUGUCUGUAUAAAUGGUUUUUACCAAAGCAUGUGCUUAUUUUGUCAUAAUUAUAUGAAAUAUACACUCACCAAACACUUUAUUAGGAACACUAGACUAAUACUGGGUAGGGCCUCCCUUUGCUCUCAAAACAGCCUAAAUUCUUCAUGGCAUGGAUUCCACAAGAUAUUGAAGACAUUCCUUAGAGAUUCCGGUCCAUGUUAAAAUGAUUGCAUCACGCAAUUCCUGCAGGUGUUUCAGGUGCAUUUUCGUGCUGUGAAUCUCCUGUUCUACCACAUCCCAAUGUUCUACACUACGUGAACAAUUAUAAGGUAAAUGGUAUUUCUCAGCUUAAUUUUAUUGGAGAACAAAUACAAUGGUCUCAGUUGCUACUAAAUGUUUAUUUCACAUCAAAAUAAAAUGAUUAACGAAAUAAAAAAUUAAAUAUGUCUUUCUCAGAGGAAAUUAUUCGUGUGCACAAUUAUUAGGCAACUAAAUAUUUAAAAAUUCCACUUGUUUAUUCUUCAGUCUUAAAGUAUUAAGUAAUAAAUACCUAACAUAAAAUAAUAUUUAACAAUUAACAAAGCUAUUUUGGCCCUUCAAAACUAUUCAGUGAUUAACAUAGCCACCCUUCUUUUCAAUAACCGUCAU